GAAGUCUGAUUGCUCAGUAUUCAUUCAUAAUGUUUAUAUAAUAAUUUUUGAAUUGGUGUAAUUUGCCUAACAUUCAAAGUAACUAUUUCAAAAAACCUUCAAGCGCUGUAAUGGCAAUCUGUCUGAAGCGGUUGCCACAUUAUAUUCAUAAAAUCGCGAGUACAAAAAAUAUAAUGACGACGGCUAGCAAGUGUGAAAAGGCUAUGGAAAAUUUACAAAAUAACCCUUACUUUGAAAAGUAUGCUGAGCGCAUUGCAUCUUUGCAGAAAACUUCACCUGAAGAGUUUUUGAAGAGACUUGAAGAGCAAGAAAAAAGUCGAGAGCAAGAGAAAAAAAAGAAAUUUGCUUCAGUGGACACUAGACAGUAUUCCUCAGUUUUAAAUCCCAAAAAAGAUGGUAAUGAUAAAUUGGCAGUAGAAGAUAAAAAGCUGGAUGAAAUUUUCAAAAUCAAUCUUGUUCAAGAUAAAGAUGCCUCUGAAAUUAAACUAAUUUGGGAAGAGUAUCAUAAAAAUAAGGAAGUUAUAUCUGCUACAAUUCCUUCACCAUUGUAUCGGGAAAUCAAAGAGAGAAUGAUUGAAAACCCAACUUUCCUCUUUCCCUUGCCAAGAGAACAAGGUUACGAAUUUAUCAUGUGUCAGAGCUAUGGACACGCAGUUCAUUUCACUCCCCUCUUAGCAUUUCAGGUACAUAAAGAGAAUGCUCCAGAAUGCCUGACUAUGUUUCACUACAUAGAGCUGGAAGACAAGGGUAUUGUUUUGAUGCGGGGUGAAUAUGAUAAGAAUGUGCUAAAUGGUAAAGAAGCUCAGUGUCUAGCAAAUCAGUUCCAGAUGUACUAUAAUGGCAAAGAUGAGGAAAAGCUUCAACUGUUACACUCCUUUACUAAAUCUCCAGACUCGUUCAAGCAUAUGGACCUCAUCACUCAAUUAGAAAAUAUUACUUUGGUUUAAUCAUUAGCAUAGAUACUGCAUUGUUUUGUCUUUUAAAAAUUUAUAUAAUAUGUUAAUACCAUUUAUGGAGAAAGGAGUAAAAAAUUAUGAAUUUAGUUUUGUUCUCAUGAAUGGCACCUUUAAAAUAUAAAAACUGUUGAAACAACAUACCAUAUGAAAUACCA